CUCUUUCUCACCCAAGCUCUCUGCAUAAGCACCGCACCAAAAUCCCAAAAUGCCACCCACCCCCCAACCCACAAUAAUUAUAGCCCUCUCCGGCCCCUCCAGCAGCGGCAAAACCACCCUCGCCCGCCUCCUGCACCGCAUCUUCACCCUCCCUGCCGGUGACCCGGAAAUCCACGCCCUCCUCAUCCACGAAGAUGACUUCUACCACCCGGACGAUAAAAUCCCCCAAAUAACCCUCCCAACCGGCACCGUCCUCCAAAACUGGGACACGGCCGGCGCCCUCGACCUCGCCUUCCUGGCGGCUUCGCUGAGCUACGUCCGCGCGCACGGGCGGCUCCCGCCGCGGCUGCGGUCGAAGGAGGAUCAGAAUGAGAGCCAGCCGGUGGAUGCGACCAGCCCCGGGGUGGUGGAGGAGUUGCAGAGACGGGUGCGGCAGCGGCUCCGGGCGGGAGCUGGGGCGGGGGCGAGGACCGUCGCGUUCGUGGAAGGGUUUUUGCUCUUCGCGCCACCGGCAGCGCCAGCAGACCGAGAUCCGACGGUGGCGGCAGCGCAGCACCCGCUGCGGGAGGUCCAUGAGCGGAUGGAUGGGCGGUUGUUCUUGCCGGCGGCGUAUGAGAAGGUCAAGGAGCGGCGGGAGAGGAGGUCGGGGUAUGUGACUAUUGGGGCGGCGCCGGUGGUGCCGGUGGCUUCUUCGUCGGAGGAGCAACAAGCUGCUGCUGCUGCUGCUGCUGGUGGUGACAGCAGUGGUGACCCGGGGAAAGACGAAAGGAUCGACCUGGAGGCGGAGGAUGAUCGGCCACCGCAGAAUUUCUGGACCGACCCCCCUGGCUAUGUCGAUGACAUCGUGUGGCCAAAUUAUGUCAAGGAUCAUGCGUGGUUGUUGCUACCGGAGGAGGAGACGGAGGACGAGGACCGCUUGCUCAAGGAGUCGGAUCCCCAGGUGCUGGUCAGGCUCGUGGGCCAGGGAACUCGCUUGCGAGAAAAUGCCGGGGUCACGGUGGCUCCCGGGCGCGGGGAUAAACCCAUCACGGAGCUCUUGACUUGGGCGGUGGAGGAGGUGUUGAAGCACCUAGAGGAAACGGUAUAGACAACAAGCAAAGCCCAUGACCUGACCAUUGUAAAUAUUCUACCUAGACUAGACUAGAGACAUAAG